AGGCGGGGCUUGGCGCUGGUGGAGACUACUGUGGGUAGGUGGGUUGAGACCAGGGGACUACGGGUCGGCGUUGGGCACAGCGGACCCGAAACAAAGGACUCUCGGCCCACUCUCGGCGCGGCGUCUCGUCUGCUGUGGCUGAGCCGUUAGGUCGAGUGUGCGCGGCCGACCGGUGCCUUCGCCGCGGCGUCUCGGUGGGCUCCUGCUCGGUCCCCACGGCCAGCGCCGCGGUGCGGGACCCGGCUCGGCGGCACCUGCUGCUUAGGGAGCCAGCGGCCCGGCCCCGUGCUCAUGAUGGGGCUGAUUUUCGCUAAAGUAUGGAGCCUCUUCUGUAAUCAAGAACACAAAGUAAUUAUAGUGGGACUGGAUAAUGCAGGGAAAACCACCAUUCUUUAUCAAUUCUUAAUGAAUGAAGUGGUUCAUACUUCUCCAACCAUAGGAAGCAAUGUGGAAGAAAUAGUUGUGAAAAACACUCAUUUUCUUAUGUGGGAUAUUGGGGGACAAGAGUCACUGCGGUCAUCCUGGAACACAUAUUACUCAAACACAGAGUUCAUCAUUCUUGUAGUUGACAGCAUUGACAGGGAGCGACUAGCUAUUACGAAAGAAGAAUUAUACAGAAUGUUGGCUCAUGAGGAUUUAAGGAAGGCUGCAGUGCUUAUCUUUGCAAACAAACAGGAUAUGAAAGGGUGCAUGACUGCAGCUGAAAUCUCUAAAUACCUCACUCUUAGUUCAAUUAAGGAUCAUCCAUGGCACAUUCAGUCCUGCUGUGCUUUAACAGGAGAAGGGUUAUGCCAAGGUCUGGAAUGGAUGACUUCCCGGAUUGGCGUGAGAUAACUUUUUUGCUUGAAAGAGACUCUUCUAUUUAUUCUGUGACAUGAACAUUUUUCCUAGUAUCUUUGGCUGCUAAGGCAGCAGCAUGUUUAAUUUAUAACAACACAAACCUCUAUAAGCAACACUUGAAUCAAGUGCAGCUGAACUGGAACGUAAAAGAUUUUUUCUUAACUUUUUUUAAAUGCACUAAUUUUCAGUUGGAUGAACAUUAUGUAUGUUUUCAACAACAGAACUCUUCUGACUGGUUAUUCUUAUUCAGUGACUGCCUUGUAAAAAUGUUUGUCAUAUGUUUAAUGUUUUCACAAGUAUUGUUCUAACUUUUUGACCAAUUUCUUUCCGUUCUUGAUUACUGCCCCUCUCCCAGAUAGUUACUGUUUGACAGAGUAGAAAUGGAAACCCCGAUGUUAUUUCUGAACUUCUCCAGCAUGAAAUAUAUUUCCUCCAAAACUAUCUUUUGAACAAAAUUUAUUAUAAAGAAAUCUGCCUGGAAGGUUUAUGUAAUAAGAUUAAAAUUAAACAUCAUAAAUACUUGCCUUUAAACUUCCCUCAUAUUAUUGCAUGUCAUGGCGUAACUUAAGUUGCUGUUAUAUAAUAGAAAUUAAGUAAACUUAUGCAAAGGACUUGUUUACUUUUCUGCCUACAAGAAUCAAAAUGAAAUAUGUGAGAACCCAGCUUUGAUAGCAGGUAUUGUUGGAUAAAUCUGAUAUUUUUAAGAAUGUCAUAUUAUUCAGUGCAUACAUAACAAGUUAUUACAGAAUACUAAAACUAAAAAUAUACUUAAAAUAUAUUGUACUAUUAAUUUGCAAAUAACUUUUAUCAGCAAAAUUGUAGCUAUUUUAUUUGUAAGAGUUACCACCUUAGGCAGUACCUAAAUCAGAAAAUGUGUCAGCAUUUUUGACAUCAGUGCUAUAUUACUUAAAAUCUAUGGAAGUUACCUAAAUCUUUUUAUGGGUGUUGUGUAAUAGGCUUAAAACAAUCGUAUUUUUGUAAUUAUACUUUGCAUUCUAAAAUCACAUAGCAAACUGCUAGAUCUAAUCUUACUUUGUAGAAUAUUACUAUGAAAAUUUAAGACCCUUAACAGCUUAAAAAGUAAAAAAAUAAAAUGGAGAAGUCAUAAUCUAUCAAAAGCUUGCUUAUUGGAUACUCCUAAAAAGUUUGAGGCAGUUGUCUAAUAUGAAAAAUAAUCCAAACAGUACAUAACUUAAAUGAAGAGUGGGGACAAGUACUGAAAUUUCAAUCCUGUUUAUUUCAAGUAAAAUUUUGCUGUCAUGAAAGGGAAAGAAUGUGAAAAAGAAUAGUAGAUCAAUUUUGUAGUGUUUUUCUCAUUUGGAUCACAGAAAAGUUUCAGUGUUCAUAAGAAUUUCAAAAUUCUUGUUCAAAGUAAAUUUCAAUAUUUUAUCCCUAAAUUGAUAGGAAUUUUACUUUCUUUUCAGAUGUACGUGGUGUAUUAUAUAGAGAGGAAUUAAUUUAGUGGUACUUGGCAACCUUUUCCUGAUUUUCAUUUAGUAGUAGCCUACCCUGGAAUGGAAAGUAGCCAGAAGAAAGCCUUCUGGGCUUUGGAAAAUAGUUUACUUUUAUUUUGAACCUUUUUUUCUUACUGAUUCUACAUGAGUAGUUGGUAAGUUUAAUUGUGUUUUUAAUAUAAUUAUAAUCAAGAAUGUAAAAGAAAAGCAAGUAUAAAUCCAUAUGGAUGCUUUCUUCGUGCUGUGUGUUUAUGAUGGUGGUGGGAGAGGUUGGGACUGAAGAACUAUUACCAUUUACCUAAAGCACAUUUUGCCUGAACUUCUCCUUGGUUUUAUUGUUUACCAUAAAUACUAAGGAUAAUUCUUAUAAGUCUGUUCUGAGAAAGCAUAUUUAAUGCUCCAGUAUUUCCCUGUGAAAUAAUUAUCUGCAUUCGUGUAUCUAAUAAGGGUGGUUCUGGUUCAGUUUUCUUCUAUCAAAUUAUAUGAUUAUUUUUAUAUUACCACAUCAGCAUUAUAUUGAAAGUGUUGUCGUCAACUGUAUUUUUCAAACAACUAGCAGCAUAGACUGAAAUGUCCUGUUUGUUUUAAAAUACAAUGUUUUCUGAAUCUGUUUUUUUUGCGUUAGAAGUGAUGUGUGUUAGUAUUUAUUAAGGAUAAAAUUGCCAUUCAAGUAGACUUUGUGCCAAUGGUUGAGAAGUUUAAGACUUUUUAAAAGGUUAAAGAGUAUUACUCGGAUCUUUCCUGUUAUAGUACUAUGAAAGUUGCUUAUUGUUUACUCCAAGAGAAUGUUUGACCCCAAGCAAGUAUCUAAUACUUAACCAUUGAUUUUGACAUUGGUUGCAAAUUAGCCAACUUUCUAAGACAGAUAUCUUAUGAAAAUGUGUGUGAUUAGUGCCUUUAUUCACAUUUUGAGAUAAAUUCUCAGUUUUGUACUACACCUACUCUUUAGAGUCAGAUUUUAAGCUAACGAGCUCAAAAAGGGAAUAAAUAGAGUGUUAUUCUCUCUUUCAGCUCCACAUUUUACCUGGCAAAGUUCCUAGGAAGUAGAAAGUAAGGAACCCACCACAUUUCCCUUAGAUUAUUCUAAAUUUUAUUUUUAGUUGGAAAAUGUGUUAAAUUUUAACUGGAAUAUUUUUGACGUGUUAUGACUAAAAUGUAUAACAACUACCAUGCCAAGUUCAAUUAUGGCAUUUUUCUUAAUUCUAAACAUUAUGUUCCUCAUCUUUAUCCCAGUAAUUCUUACUGAAAACAUUUUGAAAACGCUUUUAGAAUAGUUCCUUUUUUAGGGAGUUUGCUGAACAUUUUAUUGUUAGUGUAAUUUAACUUUAAAAAACUGAAAUGUAUACAAUCUGUUGGAAACUAAAAUAGUUUUUGCUUGUAUUCUUAAAGAUAUAAUUAUGUUGGGGCUGGGGAUUUAGCUCAGCGGCAUAAGCACCUGCCUUGCAAGCAGGCGGUCGUGAGUUCGAUCCCUGGUACCGGUAAAAAUGAAAAAGACAAAUGAAAAAGACAAAAAAAAAAAAAAAAAGAUAUAAUUAUGUUUAUUUUAGAUUAUUUGGAGGAAAGAUACUAUAAGUUUCAUUAAUUAAAAUAAUUUUUAAAUGUCGGUGCCUCCUAUAAUGGUAGCCAUUUUGAUUAAGCAUAAUUUAACUUUGAUGAUCAAAAAGAUAAAGAGAAAACAAUUGUUUUCCAGUAGGAACAGUGAGUGGCAUAGACAGUGCUGUUAACAGUAGUCUCUGAAGAGUUAUGGAAAUGUUAAAGCAAAGAAAUUUUAAAACUCUUUGAUAGAGUUGCUUAGGUGAAAUUUUAGAUGAAAUCAUUCUGAAUGACACCCAUUUAAUCCUAACUGUUAAAACCAUACAUUAAAGAAAUUACUGGUAUUGUGACUGCAUUAGGAGUGUUAUUGACACUCAUCUUUGAAGACCAUCUUUAGGAGUCUAAUUUUAAAUCCAUGGCUUCUGAACCAGUAAAACUUUAAUUUAGUUCUAAAAGAUCUUUUUCCAUUUUGUCUCAGUAAAAUUAUUUCAAAACACAAAUACUGUCUUAUACCUAGUCAAAUACUGUAUUGGCUCUCUGAAGAAAUGAAUUUGCAUAUUUAUUAUCUAGUUGACCUAAGACAGUUAAUGACAAUACUGUACAUAUUAGUUGUUUUUUCCAUAGUGAGGAAAUUUAGCCAGUUGGAGCUCUGUCUUUUAAUUUUAAAUUUCUGCAUCUUUAUUACUAAUAAUUUUUAAAGCCAAAAAUUGUGUGCAUGUAAUAUAGAAUUAAACUGAUUUUAGCAUUUGAUUCCUAUUCUUAUUUCAUUUAGUGUAUAAAUAUAAUCAAGGAAAAUAUCAUUUAAUAACUAGUAUUCAAUUUGAACUGGUAGCUAAUAACAAUGCAAAAAAAAAACAAGCCAUAUUGUUAAUAUUAAAUUGCUUAUAAAGCGUCAGUAGGUGCUGGAAAUAAUCUCUUUUAGAAAGUUUAUCUUUUUUUUUUUUUCUGGAUUUACUAAUUAGUUGGAAGUGGUUAGUUCGUUUUCUUGCCUUAUAUGAUACUCCAAGCUCUAGUUCUAUUUGACUUUUUACAGUUGAAAGGAUAAUGUGACCAGGAUGUUAAUAUUUAACUAGUGUUUGCAUAUAGCUGAAACUGCUUCAUGUCCCGGGUUAGUUUUUUCACUACUUCAUUUAAUAUUAUUGUGAAAACUGAAACUCAAAAGCUAAGUUCCCAAAAAAAGAAUAUUGUAUGAAUUGUACAGGAGGCUAUAGAAAAGAGGAUCACAAGAUCAAGGAAGGGAAGCACGGGCAACUUAUAGUGAGACCCUGCCUCAAAAUAAGAGCUGGGGAUGUGGCUCAGUAAUAGGGUGCUUGUCUAGCAAGGUUCAGUCAGAAUUCUAAGUGACCAAAAUUCUAAGUGACCAAAGCUAUUUAUCUAUUUAGAUAAAGUUAAUGUAAAAAAUAGGUUUCACUACUGUUUUAAAUUAAAGGAAAAAGUCUUCAUUGGGUUGGAAAUUGAUUUUAAAAUGUGUAUGAGUCAGUGAAAUGUUUAAAAAAUGUUACUUUGGAAGUUUAGAGACAUACCUAGAAAUAAACUUAGAACACUUGAAAUGAAAAACUGGGAGUAGAAAUGUGUUGACAAAGAUGUAAAAGAACAUGUGAAUGGAAGAAGAAAUUUCCCUUCCUGCUCUCAUUUAGGGCCUUUGAAAUUACUAGUCUUUUAGAGCACAUAGCUUAACUUGUUUUUAUUAUGGCCAAAAAAUCUGAAGACUGAUGAGAUUUUUAAAAUUUGAAAUUAGAGUCAGACACAUCUUUUGCAUUUCUUUAAAAACUAGUGAUCUAUGCUUUGUUCUGAAAGUGAAGUAAUAAAAUGUUCUGUUCAUAGCUGUUGAAAUAGAAAAGUUCUAAAAGAAUGGUAAUGUUCUAAUGCGCAAACUUUUAAAGUGUUAAUUUAAAAAUUACCUCGUUGUGUAAUCCACAAGGUGCUUAGUUCAAAUUUGUGGGAUGUUGCUCUGUCCCAUGAAUACCCUCUUCAUACAAACUGUGUAUAAAAUACACAGAAUUUACACCUAAGGGAUAACAUUCCUUGGGGAUUUUGUUUUAGUCUUAAUCAUUUCUACCAGCAGGGCUAACAUGAUUUGUCAGAUUACGUACAGUUUUCACUAAAGCACAUGAGCAAUUGCUCAGUCAGUAUUUAAUUAGUUAUAUAAAAUGAAAGGAAGGAAAAGAUUCUUAAUGAGUUUGAUUAGAUUAUGCUGUUGAAUAUAUAUACUUCAGUAUUGGUAGAAUAAUAUAUACCACUUGAUCUCACUUGCAUAAUUAUUUGCAUGUUUUGAUCCUGUUCAUAAGAGACUGUACUCUUUUUAACCUAACAUUUUCCCUCAGGAAGUUCAGGGACUUUAAAACCCUUAUUUUAUUCUCUUGGAGUAAACUUUCAAUGUAGUUAUGAAAACUUUUUAAUUUUGAUUUUUAAAAAAUUUAGUUGCUAUUUCAUCAAAAAUGCACAGUAAACAGUAGUUACGAUUUUUUUCAGUUUUGGAACAGUUAUACAUUUUAUCAUCUGUUCUAUGGAACAUAAUUGUGGCCUUGCCCUCGCAUUUAUUCUAAUCAGAAUGUAGUGAUUGUGAUCACAUAUUGCCAUCCUACUGCAAACUGGUGCUUUAGAGCACAUAGAGGAAGCAGCAGGCCCUGUAUUCAAAAUACUUGCCUUCAAAUGUAAAACUUCUUGAAAGUCUGUAUGUAAGCUCAUUUCUUAAAUAUUGAAAUACAGACUUUUAUCUGUCAGGCUUUAGGCUUCUUUCUGCAAAAGCUCUAACAGUAUCUUAGCAAAUUAGCUUGGUCAAAAUAGAAGAAGGUAUUAAGAAGGUCAAACGUGGGAAUUGGAUUUCUGUGCCCUCUCCCCCUGGUGUUGUACAGAGAAAAGAAAAAUGUCUUUGUUGCCACAAACUACUUCUGAAUGCUAACCAACUGAAAUUUGUAUCAUUGGUCCAAUGUAUAAGCAUUAAUGAAGAAAUUUUAAAAGCAAAUUACUCUACAUUCACAUCACUUCUUGCAAAUAGUUUAAAGCAUGUUCUUCUAAUGGUGGGCUAGUUUAGAAGACAUUUUAAAGAUUUUAAUACUUCAUCACUGUUGUGAAAUGCUUUUGUAUGUUACAUUUAGGUUGCUGGCAUUCAUGAUUUUUUAUUUCUGCAAUUAUGUUGUAAUGAAUUGCUUGCAUGCCUACUUACCCAAGUAAAACGAUGCUGUUUGUUCUGGAAUGUUCAUCUUUUAGACAGGAUUUGGCUCAUUUGCAAUCAUGGUGCAAUAUAGUGUAACACUUGUUUUCAGUCAAUGGUUUUAUUUUUGUCAUAAUAAAUAAUUUUCCAAUAUGAA